CCCCGGCCAGCCAUAUCGCCUCAGCCCCGCAAUUCUCCAUAGCUUCGGCCCAUCAACACCUAUCGCCAGAAAAUGGAAUCACUGUCCCGGAUAUCGGGCUUCCUCGAAACAGCUAGGGAUCUCACUCUCGAAGCUGCACAGUCGGCCUCUGCUGCUGGAAGGACAGGACGGCGGGAUGGCGGUAAACACACGUCGUCGAGGGAGACAAGGAAGUUGUUGAACAGUCGGAUGGAUCGCGAAGUACUAGACGGUCUACGAAGGGUCAUCACUAUGAUGUCCCGCGGCACCGAUUGUUCCGAGUUCUUCGCCGACGUUGUCAAGAACGUGGCUUCGCCGACGCUCGAGAUCAAGAAGAUGGUCUACAUAUACCUCCUACGAUAUGCCGAAUCCGAACCCGACCUAGCGCUAUUAUCCAUCAACACGAUCCAGAAGGCGCUGAACGAUCAAAACCAAGUCGUCCGAGCGAUGGCGAUCCGCGUGAUGUCGGGGAUUCGAGUACCGGUCAUCUCUCAGAUCGUGGCAUUAGCUAUCAAGAAGGGAGUGACGGACAUGUCGGCGUACGUACGGAAAUGCGCUGCCCUAGCGAUUCCGAAAUGCUACAAAUUGGAUCCAACGACCAUGCCGCAACUGGCGGACCAUUUGGGGACACUACUCGGGGACAGGAGUUAUUAUGUGGUGGGUGCAGCGGUGGUGGCGGUUCUCGAGACGUGUCCGGACAGAUACGAUCUGAUACACCCACAUUACCGGAAUCUGGUCAAGAUGAUGAUAGAUAUGGAUGAGUGGGGGCAGCUAGCUGUGCUGAGGCUGUUGACGGGGUAUGCGAGGAAGAGCUUUCCGAUGGGAAGCAAGUCCGCAAAGAAGGAGAAGGCAAAGGCAAAGGCCAGCGGUGACAAAGAAUUCUAUUCGGAUGAAGAAGGUGGGGGAAAUCUCGCUCGUGGAAUAGAUACAGACUUGGAGUUAUUCCUGCGAGCCUGUCCGCCUUUGUUACAGAGCCGGAAUAGCGCGGUUAUCGUCGCCGUUGCGCGGGUAUACCGACAUCUUGCUCCUCCGGACUACCUCGUGAAACUUGCCGGCCCGUUGGUCAGUUUGCUGCGCGCCCAAGUCGACAUUCAGCACAUCGCACUGAUCAGUAUCGUUUCCGUCGCUCUCGAAAACCCUCAGCCAUUUUCGCCGUUUGCAACUCAUUUCCUCGUACAACAUCUGGACCCUCCGCAUAUCUGGCGACUCAAACUGGAAGCGUUGACCCUCAUAUUUCCGUUCGUCAACACGUAUACAAAGAACCUAAUUCUCUCGGAGCUGGAAUACUUCGCUCAGGGUUACGAUAAGGAGCUAGUCAAGGAGGCCGUGCGAGCAAUCGGAAGAUGUGCGCAGAGCGAGACACGGAAUGCUGCCCGAUGCCUGCGUGUGCUUCUGAGACAAGUCGAGUCUUUGGAUGGGACAUUAGUUGCCGAGUCACUGACAGUGAUCCGCCACAUCAUCCAGCAGAAUCCAGCUGCCCACUCGAAGACUGUCAUUCGCUUGGCGCGGGCGCUCGACACAGCAAUAAACCCGACGGCCCGGGCGAGCAUAAUAUGGCUCGUGGGUGAGUUUUCCGGCAUGGAUGACGGCAAUAACGUUGCGGCGGACACGCUACGGAUACUUGCGAAAAACUUCCCGUCCGAGUCCGACCAAGCAAAACAGCAGAUUGUCCUCCUGGCCGCCAAGGUGUACGCACACCAUCUCAAUCGGACUCAACCUUCCGCGCCUUCCCCCCCUCAACAGUCGAGCGACAGCGACGUCGGUGACGAGUAUGGCGAUGAAGCACAGAAGCAUCCCAUCGCAUUGCUUUUUUCAUAUAUUCUACUAUUGGCACGAUAUGACAUGUCCUAUGAUCUGCGAGACCGAGCACGACUUUACAAGUCACUACUGGCGAUAUCAUCAUCCACGCAACUAGCAACACUCCUACUUCUCGCACCAAAGCCAACACCGCAGGCACCGAGUCCGUCGACGGGGCGCGAAGACCUCACCAUUGGCUCAGCUGCGAUGGUGCUAGGAAAAGAGGAAAGCAUCCGGGGCUACGAAGCACUCCCUGAGUGGAUCAGUGUCAGUCGGGCGCCAAGUCCUUCGUUGCGAGAGCCGCCACCGGCGACGGAGGGCACGAUAACGAAGGGAGCGCUUAGUGCUGCGAUGGCUAUCGGGUCCAAGGGAUCUGGCCGAUCUGGUAGUCCAGCAUUCGGUGGGGGCUCGGCAUUCGGCAGCCCUGUAGUGGGGAGCCCGAGGUUUUCACAGCUCGAGGAUAAAGACCAUGGAGUGACGGCUCCAAAGUCGAAUGGCAAGGUAGAGACCAGCUUAGAGGACUUUUUGGCAAGCGACGAAUCGGAAGAGGAAGAUGAGGAAAGCGAAGAGGAGGAGGAGAGCGAAGAGGAAGAGAGUGACGACGGUGAAGACGAGGGUGGUGAGGACGACGAGGAUGAUAAUGAAGAAGAAAGCUCGGAAGAGGAAGACGGCAAAGAAAGUGCGCAGCUACUCGGAGGAGGACGGGAAGCGUAGAAGUGGGAAUUUUUAGCUACCUCCCACUGAUAGCAAAGAAAAUAUUGUACAUACAUACUCAUCCUUAUGUCUCGCAUGCUCACGACACUCGGCGGAGACCGUGUACAUAUCUAGAGCACAUGCUCUACAUAAGAAUCAAGUCUCAGUCUGUGCGCACGUAGAGCGCCUACAAUAUGC